CCCAUUUCCAACAAAGAGCCAGCAUAUUGUUCUAGAGUAAUCGUACAUCAAGCCUUUUGGAAAGCUUGUAAAGUUAGUAAAUGCAUCUGUACGCAAUAUUUCUGUCCCUGGUGCUGCAGAGUCUGGAUCUGUGACUGCAAACCUCCUACUGCCUCGUUGAUCCUGCUCAACACCCACUGCUUCAAUCAUUAUGCUAAGGCGAGUUCUGAGGAAGAUCAAGGAGCGUGUGCGUGAUCUCCAACUGCAGAAAGCCAAGCAGCAUCUCCUGAUACACACAGUCAGUGGCCAUCAGCCUCUCCAACAUGUGAAGGAGGGACGGAUUCACCAGCCACUGGACCACUUCAACCGCCAUGACGUUAGCACCUUCCCUCAGAGGUUCUUUGUGAAUGAGGCAUACUGGCAGCAUCCUGAUGGUCCAGUGUUCCUCUUCAUUGGAGGAGAAGGGCCCAUCUUUGAGUUUGAUGUUCUGGCAGGUCACCAUGUUGACAUGGCUGAAGAACAUGGGGCUCUGCUAUUAGCUGUGGAGCAUCGUUUCUAUGGUGACAGCAUCAACCCUGACGGCCUCAAAACAGAGAACCUGGCAGACCUUAGCAGCCAGCAGGCGCUUGCUGACUUGGCUGUGUUUCAGCAGUACAUCAGCCAAAACUUCAAUCUGAGCCACAGGAACACCUGGAUCAGCUUUGGAGGCUCCUAUGCUGGAGCUCUGUCUGCCUGGUUCAGAGGAAAGUUUCCCCAUCUGGUGUACGGAGCUGUGGCCUCCUCUGCUCCUGUAAAGGCGAAGCUGGACUUCUCUGCCUACAACAAUAUUGUUGGUUUGAGUCUGCUGAACAAAGCAGUUGGUGGCUCAGAGAAGUGUUUGGCUGUUGUGCAGGAAGCCUUUGCUGCUUUGGAGGUAGCCUUGAUGGCCGGUAAUGCCAGCCAGGUGACUGUGGACUUUGGCUGCUGUCAGAGUCCCAAGGAUUCUGAUGAUCAGAUUGAGCUGAUGCAAAACCUGGCCGACAUCAUCAUGGGAACUGUGCAGUACAACGAAGAAGGGGUCCUCCUGUCCAUUAAUGAGCUCUGUGGUCUCAUGACCAAUAAGAGCGCGGCAUAUGAGGGGGAGAUGGAGGCUUACAACCGCCUUGUUAAACUUGCACAGAUUUACCGCUCCACCAGUGAAGAACCCUGUCUGGACAUCUCCCAUGAGAAAACAGUGAAGGAUCUCAUGGACACGUCCCUCAAGUCGAGCAGAAGAGCAGCAAGACAGUGGACCUAUCAGACCUGCACUGAGUUUGGCUUCUACCAGACUUGUGAGGAUGCCACUUGUCCAUUUUCUGGGAUGCUGACCCUGCAGGCCGACACUCACCUCUGUCCCAUGCUGUUUGGCAUUCCCCAGCAUUCCCUCCCUGCACGCAUUGCCUUCACAAAUACUUACUAUGGAGGAGACAACCCUCACACACACAGGGUGCUUUAUGUCAAUGGUGGAAUUGACCCAUGGCAGGCGCUGUCAGUGGUCCGGGAAAGGACUGAGGAUGAAGAAGAGGCUGAGACCAUUUUCAUUGAAGACACUGCUCACUGUGCUGAUAUGAUGACUAGAAGAGUCACAGACCGCUGCUCACUCAAGAAAGCCAGAGAGGAGAUUGAGAAGCAUGUGGCCAGCUGGCUGAGGACAGCUGCCCAGGAGAAGAUGGACAAAAGCAGUGUCUGAUCAGCUCACAUUAUAACCUGAUCAGCUCUUAUCACUGUCCCCUUUAAGUGAUAAGACGCAGUUACUAAGCUGGUGUGCCCGCCUGCUCUGCUUCAUUCUCCUCAUCCUCCAUUUCCUGUCUCCUGUUUUCCACCUCCUCACUCUCCAUCUAUAAUCAUCUCAUAGCACUGCGUUUGAUCUGCGUGUUUGUUUGGGGUUUGGUUGUAUUUUUUGUUUGUAUGCCUUUACAGAUUUUUUCCCUGUUUUAAAGUUACUAUUCAUUGGGCUUCAUAUCAAAUUUCUUAGUUUUCUUAGAUUUAAUAUAAAUGGAAAUUUUAAAGGUUUAUAUCUA